AUGAACACGAAUAUUUUCUCAGACUUAUCGUCUAUUAUAGCUGAUAAUAAGGCAACUCCAACUGGAACAGAACGAGGAAAGAAAAGAGCUGCUCCUCUAGAACCUGAAGGUCAAGUAAAAAAGAGUGUGAGUGAUCAUCAUUCAUACGACGAACGAGUGGUAAAUGUUACUUCAAAAUCUAUUGAUCAGCCAAAAUUCGUCAGUGCGGGUGAAAUAGCUGCUAAAGCUCGUGCAAACGUUCAAAUGAUGUCUGAACUUUCUGAUGAAGAAUUGCUUGAAAUGGCUAUUAAAUUCGAAAAGGAACAUCCUCAAUAA